AUGUCAACACUAGAGGAAGCACUAGCCACACGAAACCGCCUAUCGGAAUACCACGUCUACCAUGAAGGCGAAGAGCACAUCCGUAUAACUCCAUACCUCAAUUUAAAAAAGGAACUUGGAUACAACAAGAAAAAGGACGAAGACAGAGCGAACGACUACGCCAGGGUACACCAAAGAUCCGACGAAUCCAACAGCUACUUUAUCCACCGCCCUGUUCUCCUCUUCCACGAUACCCCGCGCACUCUACGCCGCGGCAGUCAGAAAAACGGAGAUCCGCUGUGCAUUAUCCAUUCCUCUGCUUUCUGGAGAGAGUGGUCAAUACAGUUUGUUCCGAAUUUAUCGGAUAUCGUCGAUCCUCGUGGCGUAGUGGGUUGGGAAUAUCGCACUAAACCGGAUAAUAGCACGUCCAACGAUGAACGUGCAUUGAAAGGGCAUAAAGUCCGUUCGUGGAGGGUAUGGGGUGAGACCGGGAAGCGGUAUCACCAGAUGGUUAAUACGCGGCGAAAUCGGUGGGAAGAAGAGGAUUUCCAGCCUGCUAGAGCGGAUGAAGUGGUUAGGCUCAAAUGGUCGUCGCCAUUCAUCAAUCCCCGACGAUAUCACUUCUGCUAUGCGGGGAUCACGUUCUUCUGGGUCGGGACGAGAGACCUCCAUGAGGAUGAGAAAUGGUCAAGAAGGCUGUUGCCGCUCCAUCAUCUGAAAUUAGUUGCAGAGAUUCCUGGUAAGCCGAGAUUGUUUCUCGCUCAAUUUACUUCUGAUUUCUCGUCGAAGAAAUUUGGGAAGUUGUGGAUUUUCGAUUCGUCGGUUUCCAAGUUACUUGAGACGGUUGACAGUUUUCAAGGGACGGAUGGUUCUGAAUUUGAAUUGGGAGUCAAGUCGCGAACAGUUUUCGCCGAUAUACGAGAAACACGUGUAUAUGAGCUUAUUAUGGCUACGGCAAUGUGUAUGGUUGUUGGGGAGUGGCAAAAGCGCAUGACGCUUUGGUUCAUCCUCAUGCUCAUUUCCGUGUCGGGCAAGGGUAUGAACAUGACUGGUGCUGGCGGAGGUGGCUGUUAA